AUGCCACAUGUCCAGAACUACACCUUCCUUUGGCUUUGGCGAAUAUCCCUAUUUUUUUUUUCUUCUUAUUUUAUUGACUAGCAUUUAUUUUUGCUAAAAAAACACUUUCCAGUCUUUUACAGUAUUUGUACGUAUAGCACAACAGGGAAAAAUCAAAAACAUUUUCCUUUUUCUCUUUCAAUAAAAAGUCUCAAUUUUUCAGAAUCCGAGGCUCUAAUAAAUCCUGGGAUUUUCGGAUUUUUGUCCGUCACGAGGUAAUUUCGAAGUUGAAGAAUUUUUUAAGGUUUUUGAGUUGUGAGGUGGUUGGGCUUUCUGGAUUCUGUCCUGUUGAUCAAUAUCAAUAUCCAUCUGCGGUUAGAGGCUAAACAGAAGUGAUAAGCCUUAUGAUCUUAGGCUACUAGUCUUGCCUUCUGGCUGAUUGAUUUCAAUUCAAUAAUGGCUCUUGCUGCUUCUUUGCAAUUGUCCUAUGGAUUGGGACUCUGCAAGAACCAGGGGUGCAAUAAACGAUAUAAGAGUGUAAUGGGAAGAGGCAAGUUACAUUUAUUAAGUUCUUCUCUUUCGUCACGCAUAUCGUAUCAGCAACAGGAAUCUUGGAGUUUUCGCCUUUUGGACAAUGCAUACAGGCCAAUACAUUCUUUACCUAACAGAUGCAAUACUUUUAACUGUCAUUCUUUUCUAAGACCAGGCCAACCAUUUGAACUUCCUAGUAUGAAGACAGCCACCAUGGCAUUGACAAGGUCAUAUAAUGUUUUACAAGGUAGUCCACUUGUGCUAAAGUUGGUUCCGGCAGCUUGUAUUAUUAUAUUUGCUGUAUGGGGCAUUGGGCCACUUUUGCGUGAGAGCAGAAACAUACUUCUUCAUAAGAAUGAUAGUAGCUGGAAAAAGAGUAGAACAUAUCAUGUUAUGACAUCUUAUCUACAACCUUUGCUGCUAUGGACUGGAGCAACCCUCAUUUGCAGAGCACUAGAUCCGGUAGUUUUACCUACAGAAGCUAGCCAGGUUGUUAAGCAACGUCUUUUGAUUUUUGUUAGAUCGUUGUCAACUGUGCUUGCCUUUGCCUACUGUUUAUCAAGCGUGAUCCAACAAGCACAGAAAUUCUUUAUUGAGACUAAUGACUCUGGUGACACAAGAAGUAUGGGAUUCCAAUUUGCGGGAAAAGCUGUAUACUCUGCAGUAUGGGUUGCAGCUAUCUCAUUGUUUAUGGAGUUGCUGGGUUUCUCUACCCAGAAAUGGCUUACUGCUGGAGGUCUUGGGACUGUCUUGUUGACUCUUGCCGGUCGUGAGAUAUUCACAAAUUUCCUUUCAAGUGCGAUAAUUCAUGCAACUCGGCCUUUUGUUGUGAAUGAAUGGAUUCAAACAAAGAUUGAAGGCUAUGAAGUUUCUGGUACUGUUGAGCAUGUGGGUUGGUGGUCACCUACAAUUGUGAGAGGUGAAGAUCGUGAAGCUGUUCACAUUCCAAACCAUAAGUUUACAGUGAACGUUGUGAGAAAUCUCACUCAAAAAUCUCAUUGGCGUAUCAAAACACAUCUAGCCAUUAGUCACUUGGAUGUCAAUAAGAUUAAUAAUAUUGUUGCUGACAUGCGUAAAGUUUUGGCCAAGAAUCCUCAAGUUGAGCAGCAGAGGUUACACAGAAGAGUGUUCCUGGACAAUAUUGAUCCUGAAAAUCAGGCUCUAUUGAUCUUGGUAUCCUGUUUCGUGAAGACUUCACAUCAUGAAGAGUAUCUAUGUGUUAAGGAAGCUAUAUUGUUGGAUCUCCUUAGAGUCAUCAGUCAUCACCGGGCUAGACUUGCUACACCAAUCCGUACAGUGCAGAAAAUAUAUAGCGAUGCCGAGUUGGACAAUUUUCCGUCUGCAGAUACAGUAUUAAACCGUGGUGGAGUGGCACCUAACCGUCCAUUGCUAAUUAUCGAACCCCCUUACAGAAUUAAUGGAGAAGAUAAGGCAAAAACUCAAAAUCGUUCAGUGCGCACAGGUGGUGAACAAGAUGGAAAGACCAAUACACGACCGACAUCUGACACCAAGGGCGAUGCUAAGGUUGGAGUAACAUCAGUUUCUGACUCCAAAUCCAGAGAGAGACCAACUUCUGAUACCAAGGUAGAUACCAAGAUUGGAGAGACACCAAAUCCUGACAGCAAGGAGGACCGCAAGGCUGUAGCAGCAUCAGUUUCAGAUCCAAAAGGGCGUGAAAAGGCAACAGGAAAAUUUUCAAAACCUGUCUCAACUUCUAAGAUAGCAGAAAUGUCAUUCUCUGACACCAAAGGGAUGGGUUCAGUGUCUGAUAAUUCAACCCAAAAGGUCACUGAUGUUAAGCAAACUAAGAGUGCAGGGAAAUCUAACAAUCCAUCAGUUUCCUCAUCAGAAAGUAGUGUUGAGAAAGUAAGCAGAAUUCCAACAAAUCAAUCUAGACAGGAAGGUGAACGGAUGCCAACACCAGUGGCGCAACCCCAAACAUCAAGGCCUGUGUUGGAAGAUAAUAUAGUACUUGGUGUCGCUUUGGAGGGCUCUAAAAGAACCCUUCCUAUUGAUGAAGGAAUGGAUUCCCCGCCCAGUCCUGCAGAAGGAAAGGAAAUGGCUGCAAGCCGGAAUGGAAAUGGGUCUCCUACUCCUGAUAAGGAUAAGAAAGAUGGUCAGUUUCCAACUGCUCCUAGUUCAACAUCUGGCAAUCAGUAAGAUCAACUAUUUUGGUUAAGAUGUCUUGUGUCUUGCUCCCGAUCUUACUAACUUUCCUCCAUAACUACACCAUCAAAGCUGUAUUUUUUCAAGCUGAAAUGUACACUGUAUAUGUUCCUUAUUUUUUACUUCACGUAUAUGGUCACGGUCAAUUGUAGCAUCCAUCAUUGGAAAUAUAGCUAUACAUAAAUUGGAAAUGUACCUUUCUGCCAGAGUUGAAUGGUGUUGGAUAACUGAUCAA